AUGGACCCUUAUCUCUUACUGGUUGUUUGCGUUACAGGGGCCGCUGAGUCCACGUCGCUCUCAGACUCCGUCUCCGACUCUGUGACUGAUUCGCUCAAGUUGUCGAGCUUGGAUUUCUUUGCCACUGGAGGAUGGGCCCGAGCGAAGUUCUUCCUCUGUCUCCGGCACUGCGAUGGCUUCGACGGCCGCACAGAGACCUCAUUCCGUCCUGCCGCCCUAAGCUCGUACAAUCAUGGCUCAGCAGAUGGUAUCGCGGUCAUCACCAGCUUCAUCUGUCAACAGGUCGACGACGCCUGCGGCGCGAACGAUCUCGCGGACGCGUUCAAUGCGGUGUUCGGCAUCGCGACCGACUUUGCUGCUGUACCUGAAUACAACGAUCAGGGCCAGACUGUGACAGCGACUGCAACUGCGUCCGCGUAA